AUGGGCCUGUCCAAAACGAACAGGAUCUUGAUCCUGCUGGUCAUUGAUACGGCAUUUUUCUUGCUUGAAUUGAUCACUGGUUAUGCCGUGCACUCUCUUGCCCUUGUCGCCGACUCCUUCCACAUGUUGAAUGAUGUCUUAUCCCUAUGUGUCGGAUUAUGGGCCGUGAAGGUUGCGAACCGGGAGACGAGCUCCAACACCUACACCUAUGGCUGGCAACGAGCGGAGACACUUGGUGCCUUGGUCAAUGGCGUGUUCCUAGUCGCCCUGUGCAUGUCGAUUUUCUUAGAGGCGACCCAGCGAUUGUUCGAGCCCCAGGAAGUGCAAAACCCGCGCUUUGUUUGCAUUGUUGGCUGCUUCGGUCUAGCCUCCAAUAUUGUUGGAUUGGCACUGUUCCACGACCACUCCCACGGACCUGGCGGCCACGAUCACGGCAACGGUGGCGAGCACGAUGAGCACGACCAUGACCAUGACAUCGAGGCUGGUGAUCAUGAUCACGAUCACACACCCAUCGCCGAACACAGUGAGAGCUUGGCGGCGCCUAAGGUUUUGGACAGAGCCGCAAGCUUGCCUCAAAAUGCCCUUACCCAAUCUCCCACUGACCCAUCCCGAAAACGGCGCGACCUCCAGACCCGCGGGCCAAGGAGCUACAGCACUUCGACAGGACGUGGAUUCGUGAGCGCCGAUGAUAUUCCCGUGCUCCCCGAGAGACUGAGACAAGGGAUUAUCGCGGCUAGUCAAUACCGGAAUGAACAAUCGUCGGAUUCGGACAAUGGAAAUGACGAGGAUGAGCAGCCAUCUGAGCGUUCAGGUCUUUUGAGUCACCGCGAUCGCACAACCAACUACACCGACGAGGAAGGAGCUCCUACCAAGAUCCACCAUCACCCCGAUGAAGAUGUCCACAAAUCCCACAACCAUGCCCAGCCUAAGCCAAAGGGCCAAAAGAAGGGUCACAACCACGACCUCAACAUGCGUGGUGUCUUCCUCCAUGUUAUGGGAGACGCCCUCGGAAACAUCGGUGUGAUCGUUUCCGCGCUUAUCAUCUGGUUGACGGACUACAAGUGGCGCUUUUACGCCGACCCGGUCAUUUCUCUCAUUAUCACAGUGAUCAUUCUUGCAUCUGCCAUUCCGUUGUGUAAGGCCGCCUCGCGUAUCCUUCUUCAAGCCGUGCCCCCCGGCAUGAGCAUUGAUCACAUCAAAGAAGACAUUGAGCGCCUUCCUGGUGUCAUUGGAUCACACCACCUGCACGUUUGGCAACUCAGCGACACCAAGGUCGUGGCUUCGAUUCAUCUCCAAGUGGACACCGAGAUCAAGGGUGAAGGCUCGGAGAGGUACAUGCGUCUGGCGAGACAGGUCAGACGCUGUCUCCAUGCUUACGGUAUUCACUCUUCGACUAUCCAACCUGAGUUCGCGCCGGAAAGUGAUGUCGAAGACAAUGGACAAGGAUCAUCCUCUCACACCGAGGACCACAUUCCCAGUCGUGCUGCUAGUGUUCGGGAGGGCGACCCUCAAGCAUGCCUUCUGGAGUGUGACAACAACUGUGCCGAAGGAGGCCAGUGUUGCCCUAAAAAGUGA